GUCCAUAGAUACUUCAGAAGCUGAGAAGGUGCCAGGGUUUGUCUGCUUUAUCUCUGCUGAUGAUGUUCCUGGGAGUAAUAUAACUGGAAUUUGUAAUGAUGAAAUGGUCUUUGCAAAGGAUAAGGUGACCUGCGUUGGGCACAUCAUUGGGGCUGUGGUCACUGAUACCCGAGAACAUGCACAGAGAGCUGCUCAAGCGGUGAAAAUCACCUAUGAAGAUCUUCCAGCCAUUAUCACAAUUGAGGUGACCUGCGUUGGGCACAUCAUUGGGGCUGUGGUCACUGAUACCCGAGAACAUGCACAGAGAGCUGCUCAAGCGGUGAAAAUCACCUAUGAAGAUCUUCCAGCCAUUAUCACAAUUGAGGAUGCUAUUAAAAAUGACUCCUUUUAUGGGCCUGAGCUGAUGAUAGAGAAAGGAAGCCUCAGGAAGGGGUUUUCAGAAGCAGACAACAUUGUUUCAGGCGAGUUGUACAUUGGUGGCCAGGAGCACUUCUACCUGGAGACUCAUUGCACCAUCGCUGUCCCCAAAGGCGAGGCAGGGGAGAUGGAGCUCUUUGUGUCUACACAGAACACCAUGAAGACCCAGAGCUUUGUUGCAAACAUGUUGGGGGUUCCAGCAAACCGGAUUUUGGUCCGGGUGAAGAGAAUGGGAGGGGGCUUUGGAGGGAAAGAGACGCGGAGCACUGUGGUGUCCACGGCAGUGGCCCUGGCUGCUUACAAGACUGGUCGCCCUGUGCGCUGCAUGCUGGAUCGUGAUGAGGACAUGCUGAUAACUGGUGGCAGACACCCCUUCUUAGCCAGAUACAAGGUUGGCUUCAUGAAGACCGGGAAGGUGGUGGCUCUGAAGGUGGAGCACUACAGCAAUGCAGGGAACACCAUGGAUCUCUCCCAGAGUAUAAUGGAACUAGCCUUAUUCCACAUGGACAACUGUUAUAACAUCCCCAACAUACGGGGCACUGGGCGGUUGUGCAAGACCAACCUACCCUCCAACACUGCCUUCAGGGGCUUUGGGGGGCCCCAGGGAAUGCUCAUUGCCGAAUAUUGGAUGAGUGAAGUCGCAGUGACCUGUGGGAUGCCAGCAGAGGAAGUGCGAAGGAUAAACAUGUAUAAGGAAGGCGACCUGACCCACUUCAACCAGAAGCUUGAUGGGUUCACCUUGUCCAGGUGCUGGGAUGAAUGCCUAGCAAGCUCUCAGUAUCAUGCCCGGAAGAGAGAGGUUGACAAGUUCAACAAGGAGAAUUGUUGGAAGAAGAGAGGAUUGUCUAUAAUUCCUACCAAGUUUGGAAUAAGCUUCACUCUUCCUUUUCUGAAUCAGGGAGGAGCCCUGAUUCAUGUGUACACAGAUGGCUCUGUGCUGCUGACCCAUGGAGGCGCUGAGAUGGGCCAAGGCCUUCACACCAAGAUGGUCCAGGUGGCCAGCAGAGCACUGAAAAUCCCCACGUCUAAGAUUUACAUCAGCGAGACAAGCACGAACACCGUGCCUAACACCUCUCCCACAGCUGCCUCCGUCAGCACCGAUCUCAAUGGACAGGCUGUCUAUGAAGCUUGUCAUACCAUCCUGAAAAGGCUGGAACCCUUCAAGAGAAAGAAUCCAAGUGGCUCCUGGGAAGACUGGGUCAUGGCUGCCUACCAGGACGCAGUGAGCUUGUCUGCUACUGGGUUUUAUAAAACACCCAACCUUGGCUACAGCUUUAAGACAAACUCAGGGAAUGCCUUCCACUACUUCAGCUAUGGGGUAGCUUGCUCUGAAGUGGAAAUUGACUGCUUAACUGGGGAUCAUAAAAACCUCCGCACAGACAUUGUCAUGGAUGUCGGUUCCAGUCUGAACCCUGCCAUUGAUAUUGGUCAGGUGGAAGGGGCGUUUGUCCAGGGCCUCGGCCUCUUUACGCUGGAGGAGCUGCAGUAUUCCCCCGAGGGGAGCCUGCACACCCGUGGCCCCAGUACUUACAAGAUCCCUGCUUUUGGCAGCAUCCCCAGUGUGUUCCGGGUGUCCCUGCUCCGUGACUGCCCCAACAGGAAGGCCAUCUAUGCGUCCAAGGCCGUUGGCGAGCCGCCCCUCUUCCUAGCAGCCUCCAUCUUCUUCGCCAUCCAGGAUGCCAUCCGUGCAGCUCGAGCUGGGAACACGGAUUAUAAGAUGAAGAAGCUUUUCCGGCUAGACAGCCCUGCCACCCCAGAGAAGAUCCGCAACGCCUGCGUGGACAAGUUCACCACGUUGUGCAUCACUGGCCCUGCAGAAAACUGCAAACCCUGGUCUGUGAGGGUCUGAAGAGAUAUCCCCUGGAAGAGUCUGCUGAUGCUAUGCUGGAUCAUCCGUGGAGUGUGAAACAUGUCUGCAGAUCAGGAUCUAUACACAGCACGACAACAUCGUGAUUCAUCAGGAUGGUGUCUGGAGGAACGCGGGAUGCAUUGGAAGAUCUUGUAUUGUUUUCAUGGGAAGAUUUUGAUCAAAAAUAUGAUUUGUAAGCAUAAUGAUAAGCAUAUUCAGAACUUUUAGGGCCAUGUGGCUAAUAUGCAAUUAGAUUUUAUGUCUGCUUUAAUCAUGUAUGUAUAAUAGGUGUAUGUGCUCUGUCCUAUCACAGGACAGGCUGUAUAAGCUCAGGUGCUGACAGUACCUUCCUUCAAAGAGGAUGCCCCAAACCUCCAGAGGCUUCCAAUCUCAAUCAGAAAGGCUUUCCUUCAAACCAAUGAACAUCAUAUUAUAACCACAGACACAUAGUCAAAUUUGCAAUGGGACAGUGGGGCGAGAUUCAAACCUCUAACCACCUUUGGGUCAUUGAAGAGAAUAAACAAUGACACUAAUUCAAGGUUGAUCUAAUCUUAGUAAGUGGCAGAAAGGAAAUUUUUCUACACCAUCAAAAGCCAACCAACCAAGUUAUUGAGCACCUACAAUGUGGUUGGUUUCUUUCUCUUCCCGUUUGUACAAUAAAAGAAAUCAGGUUUAAAAAUCUUCA